AUGAAUCCGCCGUUUACCACCGCCGAAAAGGUUCUGUUGCUCAUCCGCCUCAUCUUCUUGAGCCGCCAGAUCCAAUACCUGUCACCGACUACAAGACAGACCUACACCACCUGGGUUCGGCAAAAGUUGUCAAAAUCUCGCAGGGACGCAUCUGUCCAAGCGCGACUAAAGAUCGAAAUUGACCCCCUCACGGACGAGAGGUCGUCUAUUCUUUGGGUUGGAGACUGCCGGAAAGCCAAAAAGGUUGUGCUCUUCUUCCACGGAGGAGGAUACGUAGUGCCGUUGCUGCCAGGACAUCUUGAGUGGUGCUGGCGCACAUAUGUCAGCGUCGGGAUAGAGAAUGGUGUUGAGACAGCCGUUGCGGUGCUCGAGUAUACCCUUUGUCCGGAAGCGCUGUAUCCCGUGCAGCUGCGUCAGGCCGUCGCAGCACUCGCUCGUCUCCUCGAUCACGGUAUUUGUCCUAGGGACAUUAUCGUUGGGGGGGACUCUGCAGGUGGGAAUCUUGCAGCUCAGCUGAUAAGCCAUCUGUGCGAAGCGGUUCCUCUUAUCCCGACCAUUGUGCUUGAUGAACCGCUGGCCGGAAUGUUCUUGGUGUCUCCGCGACUGAGUAACAAGACGACUGAUGAGUCGUUUGUACAAAACGGCUGGAUCGACAUGAUUUCUGCUGAGACUGUGGCAAAAUCAAACAUGUACUACUUGGGUCUUAGUGCUGUUACUGAUUGUCCCGCCAAGUCGCAAAUGGCUGCGUUUCCAAUUGACCGAGACUUGGCGUAUAUGCGUCGGAUGCCGCUGGUUGUGAAGACGGUGUACCUCACGGCGGGAAACGAGGAGGUUCUGCGGGACCAAGUGAUACGAUAUGCAUCAGAGGUUCGGCGGGCAAACCCUAGUUUCGAACUAAGGCUGGACCUUCAGGAACGGAUGGCACAUGACUUUAUUCUCCUCGAAGGCCAGAAUAGGACGACGGGGAGAUGCAUGCUGGCUAUGCGACAGUGGUACAAGGGGCUACUCACUGAAAAAGGAUCUGUAGGAUAA